AUGCAGUCAAUCCUGCUGAAUCGACUACCCGAGCUCGUGCUUCUAUCGCCACCACCAAGGGAAAUUUUCACAGGGAAGAUGAUUGGUUAUGGUACUAGGCGAGGCAAACUGUACUACUUGAACUGGGCACCAGAUAGUGAGACCAAUGUUGGUCAAACUUUCACAACAAGUGGAGCUAGUUUUGAGAGGCAGAGAGACAAAAUUUAG